AUGAAGCGGUGCGGCCAAACUCCACAAGAGCUGCAAGAAGACUCAAGCUGGAAAGAUUCACAUGAGACUCAGCCCCGCAGUUUGCGCACCUUUAAGAAAAAAUGGAGCACCUGGAAAACUCCACAGCUUCACCCAAACGCAUCUUCGUGGACACACCGAGCAGCGUAAACCCCCAGGCGGACAAAAGCGACGGGAACGCAUACCUGUACAUCCUCAUAGUCAUGUCUUUCUACGGAAUCUUCCUCUGUGGCAUAAUGCUCGGCUACUUCCGCUCCAAGAGGAGGGAGAAGAGGAGGAUCAACAUCUUCACGCGCCUUGUGCACGAGGAGGAGCAGCGGGAGUGGGGCGCGCUGCCAAAGAAGCACAGCGUCACCUUUCCGGUCGCCGCCACCGGACUGCGCUCGGUGGAGGUGUCCCUGCCAUUCUGCGGUAACCACGGCAACCACUUCGGACACCUGCGCUACGAGGGCGCGCUGCCCUCUCCGCUGGCGUGCGCGCUGUGCACGGAGCAGAGCAGCAUCAGUUCCCUGUGCUCUUCCGCGGACACGCGCUUCGCCAUAGAGGAGGAAUCGGACAGCGGCACGGCGGAGGAACCGGAGGAGGCCAUUAAGGCGGGAUCCGAGAACAGCGGAGACGAUUCAGGCUGAACUCCGAUGUGUCAACUCAAAAAAGAGAGGAGGAACAUCACCUGGAGAGAAGACCAGGCCAAUCAGCCCCAAAUAUACAUCCUCUGUUUGCCAUAACCCCCCCCCCCCCACCCCCCACCCCCAAAUAAGUUAACAAUAUCAUGACAUGAUCUCCUGGAAAAACUCAAACAGGACUUUGUGGCCAAGGUGAAAUAUCUUUAGAUCUUAGUCUUGGCCACAUUUGGCCAUUAUGGAACCUUUUUGGUGACUUUAAAGUCUUCAUUUUAAAUGAUAAGAUAACAGUGGUGAGAUUGAAAUUUCUGACUACACUGGUCUUUUUUAUGUUAUAUGUCGGGCUAACUUAUAACUUAUACAUCAAUCAAUACAUAGUGAAUGUAAUAGUUCAGUUCAAUUCAGUACUACUUUAUUUAUCCCUGCAGGGACACGUGUGUGCUGCAGCUCACCAGCCAGGUCAACACACACAUCAACACAGUUAAUCACAAAGUUAAAAUAAUCAAAGGCUCUAUGCUUAAAACUAUAUAUGAAUGAAUAUAAUUAACUAAAAUGACACAGCUAUACAGAAUGAUAAAAACAUAUAUAUAUAUUAAAAUGAAUGGUUAUAUCCAGUAGAAUGAAAUAUAUUAUUAUUAUUUUAUUGUACAACUAUGACUUUGGCUCAUUUUGGUGGUGACCCCUCCCUGCUGGAGCCCCCCCCCCCCUUCUCCUGACGCCACACUGAGGACCACCUCUCUGGUUUGGGUUGAUGACUCACCCUGCAGGGGACUGACUGACUGAGGGACUGGCUGUUUGGCUGUUUGGACUGAACUUGACUUGCUCUUGCCAAAAACGGCCUUGAAUAUUGAAAUGUACCUGGAACCCACUUGAAAGAGACUGAAAAUGUAUUUGUUGUAGCUUUAUAAUAAUGGACACGUUGUUCAUACACAGUCGAUGAUGAUGUAGUAGGUUUACUUGAAGAAAGCAAUGCACUGUACAUACGGUUUGUAUUUGUCACCCUGUAAGGCUUAAUUUAAGAUGGAAUCUUUGUAUAAAAAAUGAAUGCUUUUCA